AUGAAGAUCCCACACUACUAUUUCCUUGGUACUGUACUGACCCUCCUUUCUACUACACCGGCCACAGCCGCAGCUGCCACUUGUUCCUCAUCAGCCCAAGCCUGCAGUAUCACCUCAGCCACAAUAGCUGCAGGUGCGAGUCUCGAAGUCUCUGGGGUUAAAACCUUUUGUGCCUGCGGUCCAACUCAGUACGAUAUCAGCACUGCAGUACAAGGGAAGUCUACAUAUAUUGCAUGUGUUUUGAAGGGGCCCCUUUUGAGCAUGAUGUCUACAAUUGCUCCAACAACAACCGAACCCCGUCCAGAAACCUCAUCCUUGACUCAGUUGCUUUGCGCUACGAAAGCACCAUCAGCGAAGGGUGUGAAUUUCUGGGGCUCCAUAUUUAAACUUUCCGACGCGAGCGCGGCUGUAGAUGCUGCCUGCGACCUCAAGGAACCUUUUCGCCUAGGACGUCAGACCGGCCGCUCCCAAAAUUACUAUUACGAUCAAAAGAUUGUAUCGAGAGAUACUAAAAAAGGUGUAAAUCUGAUACUCGCUGCAACAGCACGCGAUGGCUGUGAUAUCUCUUUGGAUUCGAAGACUUGCAGAGAGAUCUAUAAUACCAUACUUUCCGGACACCCUUCUUGCCCUAAUAAGGAUAACUGGAGCAUGGGGGGAAUAGGGGUUAGUGAAUGUGGAAAUUUCAUGCUGACUGCUGGGACAAGUUACGAUAAACGUGACCCUUUCGCCGAUAUGCAUCCAUCGCGCGAUUGGAAUACCGACCAUUACUGCGAUGCAAAACUAAGUGUGAAGUGCGAGCUUGAUAUGUGA